AUGGCAUCAAAAGGUAAGGACUUCCACUAUGCUGCCGGGCUAUGAUCCCGACUAUAAACGGGCCGGGCGGCGCCACCUUUAAUUCGCAGCAGGUCUGUCUCGGUCGAGUCACCUGUUCACAUGACUAAAAACUACGCUUUUCGACACAACGUCUUCGGAGGUUUAGACAUAACCCUUAGCUAAUCCGCGAUGGUAGAAGCUUCUUAUGCGGGCGCUGCGUAAAGAGAAAUUUCGAAAUUGUUUACUAUCCUCCUUUACCAGACAGCAAGAGCUCACAAGCAGGCCAAUUUCAACCGACAAGUAUCCCUUCCAAUCAGAUGGCUCUAAGAAGUCCCGCAAGACCGAUUUUGGUAUUCUCAGAAAUCUAAGGAAGAGGAAGCACUGCAAACUUUGCCCUAAACAUCACCCGCCCAGGAUGAAGGAGCAACCCUCCCAACACCCAUCUUCUGUUGUUGGCGAC